UUUUAAAAGAUGGUGAACCGUAAGAAUCCCAACGAGAUUAUUCCUCUUUCGGAGGAAUCCAAAGACAUUAUCAGACAAGUUGAGACGCAUUUAAUACAACCAGAUAAUUUAAGACACGCAGGGCCAAAGAAGUACGUGUGUGAUAAAUAUUAUGAAAAAUACAAGGAUGAAAUUUAUAACUUCCCAAUUAAAAACACUGAUGUGUGGGUAAUUACCAUUGGAAGAUCAGGUACCACCGUUACCCAAGAGAUGGUUUGGCAAAUAUGCAAUGAUUUGGAUUUUGAAAAAGCAUCAAAAACGCCUUUGAUUGAAAGAUUUCCAUAUUUUGAAUUUGCCAUGGAACAUUCAGAUAAAAUGGAAUCAUUUUUACGAAAACAUGCAAAUGAUCCGGAAAAAUGUGCUUCCAUCAAAAAGUUGUUUACUUUAGAAUGGGAAAAAACUGAAGUUCCUGAAAAAAGAUUCAUAAAAUCUCAUUUACCUAUAUCCCUACUUCCGGCGGAAAUGACCAAGGUUGCAAAAAUUGUUUAUACGGUUAGAAAUCCAAAGGAUAUGGCAGUAUCACAGUAUCAUUUUGCAAAAAUGUAUGGAGCUCCCCCAAUAUUCGAGAGGUUUUGGAAUCUCUAUGAAAAAGGCUUAAAGAAUAAUCAACCAAUUUUUGAGCACAUUAUGGAAGCAUGAAAUAUUAGAAAUAAAGAAAAUGUUUUCUUUUUAUUUUAUGAAGAUCUUGUCAAGGAUGUGAGAGGUACUGUUGUAAAACUAUGCAAAUUCUUCGAAAAAACCUACACGGACGCCCAAAUAGAUUCGCUUGUAGAUCAUUUAAAGGUUGAAAAUUUUAAGAAAAAUCCAAGCGUGAAUAGAGAUUAUUUUGAUUAUUUUCCACCAGUAGAGGAAAAUUUUGUUAGACGUGGAAAGGCCAAUUCCAGUAAAGACGAACUAUUUACCAAGGAACUCAGCGAAAGGGCUGACAAAUGGAUUCAAGAGCAAUACAAAAAAACUGACAUGAGGUUCCCUGGCAUUCCACAAUGUUAAAUGGACCUUACGUUCACCAGAAAUGUUAUUUAAUUAUAUGUAUAAUAAAAAUUCAAUUUUUUUCCAUUAAUAUUUCAGUAUUUGGUAAAUGGAAAUAAACUUAAAAACCUAGGUUUACUUAUAAAUCUGAUGCAUAUUUACGAAACGAUUGUUUGUUGUUAUCAUAUAAUCGAGUUGUUCAAAAUAAAAUUAUAAAAAC